AUGCAAAAUACAACAAUUGUAUUUUAUAAUAUUAUCAACGACAAAGAAGAUAAAAAUUCACAAAAUGUUUUUUAUAUUUCUAAACCACCUAAUUUAAUAACAUUAAGUGAUAUUAAGAAUGAAUUUCCUUUGGAGGGAACUUAUCAUUUCAGAUUUAAAAUAAAUCACAAUAAUAAUACAGUAUGGGUUGAUAUUACUGAUGGUUUUUCUCAUGUCCCCACUUUCAAUUCCUGCAUAUACAUGAAAGUUUUGAGAUUAAGUUGGAUAAACAAUAAAAAUGAUAAAACAAGUUUAAAUGACAAAACAGUUAAUGUACAUAGUUUGACACCCUCUUAUGAAAAUGAUAAAACAAUUUUUGAAGAAAACAGACCAAAUAUACAUGAUUCUACAGAUGCAAAUAAAUCUAAAACAAACAUUGAUAUGCUAUUAUUUGAAACAACACCAAAUAAAACAACUCGUGUAAAUUUAGAGGAUAAAAAAGAAUAUACUAAGGAUCAAAAUUAUUUCGAUUUAAUGUUUAAUUAA